CAAAACCCGUGACCAUGGCCCGGUACGCGUUCCUAUCCCCCCACCCUAACAGACUCGGGGAAAUCGUAGAUUGCAUCCACCACAUCGGAGGCUCAAAGUAUGAUCGCACGUGCCAAACAGCAUGACUGGAUACCAUCAGGUGCGAACAGAAUACAAGCGCUACAAAACUCCACAGAAAACAGAUGUAGAAGCCACGGGCCAGGGUCUUACACUCAUGGUCCACUGCUACAAGAAGAUCAAUGGAGUGUGGAAAUUAGCAGGCAUGAAGCCAGGUGGCCGGAUGAACGAGUUCAAUUUCGAUAAGAUAUUUUCUGAGCUGAGAACGUCGAAGAUCUAGAAAAAUUUUGCGCACAGGAGGGUGGAAGAAAAGGUAACGUACUAGAUAACUACAGCAUGUUCAGGCCUAGUAUGUGAGACAGGCGGAGAGCACCGAAGCUGUUGGGGUUGCAGCUGGAACAAGGGAGACGGUUGAGAGGGUGAAGGUUUCUACCCGAAAUUAGACUCUAGCAUGUUACGCUGUAUGUCCCAACACGCCGUAUUGUGGUUCCUUGCUUUCGCUGUGAGAAGCAAGUCGUUAAUACAAGU